UGUCCUUUCCUAUUGGUCCCCACCACACAAGGGGUGCCCUGGUUCCCACUGGGCUGGUGAGCAAAGGGUCUCACCCUGCAGAGAAGAAAGCCUGAGCUGUAGCCCUUCCAAAGGGAAGCUCAGCCCCAGGGUGGGGAGGUCCUUUCCAGAGCUCGUGGGGCCACUCUGCCAUAGACACCACUAGGCUGGGCUGGUAGGAGCACAGCAGGCAGAAAACACCAGCAAGGACCAGCAAAUACUUCAAGAGCAGGCAGGAAAGGCAGGAGAGGCAGAGGAAGAUCAUGCCCAGCAUGGAGAGACCUAUGGGAGGAAGGAGCAGGUCCAGAACAAGUGGGGUCUCCACUGUACCCAAGCAGAAGAGGGAGUCUGAGGCAAUGUACUCGGGGGAGCCCUCCACCAGCCAGGAAGCAAAGGCCAAAAAGAGUCGUUCCUCUCGCUCCUCCCGGGCUGGGCUGCUCUUCCCUGUGAGCCGCAUAGAGAGGCAGCUGCGCAGAGGCCAGUUUGCUGAGCGCUUUGGAGCCUGUGCCCCUGUCUACCUGGCUGCUGUGCUGCAGUGGGUGACACAGAAGAUCAUGGACAUGGCUGGGAAGAUUUCCAAGAAGAGCAACCAACAGUGCAUCUCUCCACAGCACUUGCAGAUGUCUGUGAAGAGCAGCUCUAUACUCAAGCACCUUCUGGGAAGCGAGCCCGAGUACCAUGGAGGGGAUGUCCCCCAAAGCCAGUGCACGGCACUUUCCAAGAGGAAGAAGACCAAGAGGAGGAAGAGAAGAAGCAGACAGCAGUCUGCGCCUGCCCGUGCCACUGCUGCUGUUAGUGUCAAGUGAAAGCAGAAAUUUCUGUCCCAUAUUGGCAUGGCAAGGGCUGUCUCGUUUGCCAAAUUAUCCACUAUAGUCUAACGGUUGAAUAAAAGCCCUUGAACUACCAAA